UUUGUUUGCCAAUUGCCUUAACUGAAGGGUACUGCCGUGUCCCUUUAAUAUUUUAGGAAAUUGAGGCUGAAAUUUUCACCCCCCACCCCAAAUGGGUUGCAUUUUGCAGACAUCUCAGCUAUGGCAACAGAUCCAGUGAUCAAGUCUAAUGGAACAGUAGUGUUGAUUCCCUCUGAUGGUGCCAUCCAAGCAGGUGAGGAAUUCCCUGGACUUCAACCAGCAGGGACAGUGCAAUGUAUAGAAAAUGUAGGCCAACAGCCUGGAGGUUCCAACAACGAACAGAUUCAAGAAGAUUUGUUGAAGAAACUCCAUAAAAUAGAGAUCAAGACUCUGGGGGCCAUCCAGGUCAUGCUGGGACUGAUCUACAUUAGCUUGGGGACAAUUGUAAUUGUUCAUUUUCAACGAUACUACAAACUUUUCACUUCUAUUACAGGCUAUCCAUUCUGGAGUGGAAUAUUUUUCAUUUUUUCUGGAUCACUGUCUGUGGCAGCUGAGAAAUACCCAAACAAAGCCUUGGUUAUGUCCAGUGUGAGAAUGAACAUCACAAGUGCUAUAAUGGCCACAAUUGGCAUCAUUCUCUAUGCAAUGGAGAUAGAUAUAAAUAAUAAAAGAGAUUAUAGUGAUUCUGAAGGCUUUUUUCUGCAGUCUGCAGGUACUGCUCUCGCUGUCCUUCUCCUCCUGCUCACCAUGCUGGAGUUUGCCAUCACUGUUUCUUUAGCACAUCUUGGGAUGAAGGCAGCCAGCAGCGACAUGGCCACAACUGUAUCACCAUCCCCUGUCUUCAAACAAGAUGUAAGUCCCACUGAAGGAAAUCCUGAUCCUCCAGCCAAUAACAACAAUGCAUAGUCUUCCCUCAAACCCUUGUGAAGAGGCUAAGAUAGAGGUUUUCAUUGCUAUCUCACUAGCAACCCAGCAAUCUCAAAAAUACAACAAUUUCCUAACAUUCUUUGUCAUCUGCCCAUCUAGGCUAUGUGCUGUGGCUGCAACUUUGGUAUAGGAUAUUGACAGGGAGAGUAGAACUCCCGAAUGGAAGGCACAGACCCCUGAACCCCGACUUGGGUUCUGCUUACUUCAGGACAGCCAUAUCCUUCCCGUCUCUCUUUCACUUUACUUUUAGUGCACGGCUGUGGCAAAUGGCUGCACCUACCCUUCAGGCUUUCGGAUUGUUUGGGAUCCUUUUAUUCUCCUAAUUAAGGUCUGUGUGCUGUAUGAUUUGCUGCAUGCUUAAAUUUGUAACCUUGCUAUCUGAAGUAGCAUCCAUAUACUAAUGUCACUUUCAUUUCAUGUAAUAAACCAAUCUUCCUUUA